AUAAAGCCGAAGCAGUCAUUCUUUGCUUUGCACAGUCAAAGGCAGGCUGGAGACAGCUCAAGUUGGCACUUCGGCUUCUGAAAUCAAAGGGCUACUCCGUCGCCUCAUCAACCCCCUGCCCAAAAUGAUCAAAGGCCUCUUUGUUACGACUUGCAUGGUACUUCUUCACCAUCAAGGGAACUCCCUGAAGGAACUUCCUGGAGUGAAGGACUACGAAGUAGUGUAUCCACAAAAAAUCCAUGCAUUGCACAAAAGAGAUGUCAGAGGAAGCCAGAACCACAAGGCCAAGUAUGAAGAUGCUGCAGACUAUGAAAUGAGAGUGAAUGGAGAGAAGGUGGUCCUUCAUCUCGAAAGAAACAAGGAUCUUCUUUCCAAAGACUACACUGAGACCCAUUACUCCCCUGAUGGCAGAGAAAUUACAACAAGCCCAGAUGUUGAGGACCACUGCUAUUAUGAAGGUUACGUCCAAAAUGAUACUGACUCUACAGCAAGCAUCAGUGCAUGUCGUGGGUUGAGAGGGUAUUUCAAGAGUGGUGGCGAGAGGUAUCUUAUCGAACCUCUGAAGCUCUCAGACAGUGAAGCACAUGCAGUCUUCAAAUAUGAUAGCCUAGAAAAGGAUGAGACCCCCAAGAUCUGUGGGGUAACCAACACUACUUGGGAAUCAGAAAACCCCACCAGAAAGACCUCCAGGAUGAGCACAAGCGCAGAAAAGCAGGCAUACCUGAAGGCCAGGAAAUAUGUUGAACUUUACAUAGCUGUAGACUACACAGUGUUCAGGAAGUACAGCCGCAAUAUGACUGGCAUUAGGACAAGAGUAUUUGAAAUAGUCAAUUACAUAAACAUGGUUUACAAAGCCAUAAACGUUCAUGUAGCAUUGAUUGGCCUAGAAGUUUGGUCUGAUGGGGAUAAGAUUGAUGUGAACGAAUCUGCGAGCACCACUUUAGACCGGUUCUCAGCGUGGAGGCAGGCAGUUCUGUUGAAGCGGAAAAGGAACGAUAAUGCUCAGCUUCUCACAGGAAUUGACUUCACUGGACCAACAGUAGGAUUGGCCUAUGUUGGAACCAUGUGCAACCCUGCUCAUUCCUUGGGAGUUGUUCAGGAUCACAACCCAAACCCAAUUGCUAUUGGUGCAACCAUGGCCCAUGAAAUGGGGCAUAACUUUGGCAUGAAUCACGAUGCAAGUUUCUGUAAGUGCAGUUCUGGAUCAUGCAUCAUGGCGGCGCAACUCAGCUAUAAAACUCCCCGGGACUUCAGCUCCUGCAGUUUGCAGGAUUUUCAGAAAUACAUCAUGGACCGGACCCCAUCCUGUAUAACUAACGUGCCAUCUCCAAAAGAUAUCAUUGCAACCCCAGUCUGCGGGAAUGACUUUGUUGAAGAGGGAGAAGAAUGUGACUGCGGCUCUCCAGAGGAAUGCAAAAAUGACUGCUGCGAGGCUGCAACUUGUAAACUGAAGCCAGGUGCUAAAUGUGGAUAUGGGGACUGUUGUGAAAAUUGCCAGAUUAGAAGAGCAGGUGCUGUAUGCCGGCCAGUGAAGCAUGACUGCGAUCUACCAGAACUGUGCACAGGGACCUCUCAGCAAUGUCCCAUGGAUCGCUUCCGAGUGAAUGGAUUCCCUUGCAAAAAUAACGCGGGUUACUGCUACAUGGGGAAGUGUCCCACUUUGCAGAACCAAUGCAUUGCACUUUGGGGGCCAGGUGCCACAGUGGGUGUGGAUUCUUGUUAUGCUAUAAACCAGAACGGGGUUUAUUAUGGCCAUUGCAAGAAGGCUAAUGGCACAUACAUACCAUGUGGAAAAAAAGAUAUAAAGUGUGGCAAGUUAUAUUGCACAGGGGGCUCUCGAAUGCCUUCAACUGGAAGUCUAGUGUCGUUUGAUACAUGCAAAGGCAGUUUCCCAGGCAAGGACCAAGAAGAUGGUGGAAUGGUUGCCACUGGAACAAAAUGCGGAGAAGGCAUGGUCUGCAGCAAUGGGCAAUGUGUCGAGAUUGAGAGAGCCUACAGGUCUACCAACUGUUCUUCCAAGUGCCAAGGACAUGCUGUAUGUGACCAUGAGCUGCUAUGCCAGUGUGAAGAAGGAUGGGCGCCACCAAAUUGCGAUGACCCCACAGCAAAUAGAUAUAUCAUCAUCAUUGUUGCAGUGUUGUUAGCCAUUUUAGUCACAGCAGUCACCAUCAUUGUCUUGUUCCGGUACAAAAUUUCAAAGAAGAAAAAUAGUCCAAGCACCCACAAGAGUGUGGCUGGAUCCACAAACCAUGCCUUCUCAGGUCAAGAUCAGAAGAGAAGACAGCAUCUUGGCCCUGUGCCUGGCCCUCCAGAGGUCACCUCUUCCAGAGUUCUGCUCCCUCCACCUCCACCCCAAGCAAACAAACCACCAGUUUCUGUUCAAAUUCCAGAUGAACCGUGCAACCACAUAUCAACCAUGUAUCAAAAUACCAGAAUGCCAAUUGUAAAGCCAAACAUUCCUCCACCUCCAAUUCCAACUGCCAAGACAGGGUUUUCUUCUGUCAACAGCAAUGCAGCAGCAGCGAUGACGGCAACUCCUUCUCCCCACUUCAAGCGUAAGACAGCUCCUCCACCUCCGCCCCAGGCAUUGAAGCCCCCAGGUAACCCCAAGAUAUGAAGCAAAUGAAGGAC